AUGGUGGGCGGCGGUCGCCGGGUGGGGCGCGACGAGCCGGUGCCGUCUGUGGGGGCUUUGGCGGGGUCUCCCGACAGCAUGAGCGUGGGCUUCAUCGGCGCUGGCCAGCUGGCUUUUGCCCUGGCCAAGGGCUUCACAGCAGCAGGCGUCUUGGCUGCCCACAAGAUAAUGGCUAGCUCCCCAGACAUGGACCUGGCCACGGUUUCUGCUCUCAGGAAGAUGGGGGUGAAGUUGACACCCCACAACAAGGAGACAGUGCAGCAUAGUGAUGUGCUCUUCCUGGCUGUGAAGCCACACAUCAUCCCCUUCAUCCUGGAUGAAAUAGGCGCCGACAUUGAGGACAGGCACAUUGUGGUGUCCUGCGCGGCCGGCGUCACCAUCAGCUCCAUUGAAAAGAAGCUGUCAGCGUUUCGGCCAGCCCCCAGGGUCAUCCGCUGCAUGACCAACACUCCAGUCGUGGUGCGGGAGGGGGCCACCGUGUAUGCCACAGGCACGCACGCCCAGGUGGAGGAUGGGAGGCUCCUGGAGCAGCUGCUGAGCAGCGUGGGCUUCUGCACGGAGGUGGAAGAGGACCUGAUCGAUGCUGUCACGGGGCUCAGUGGCAGCGGCCCCGCCUACGCAUUCACAGCCCUGGAUGCCCUGGCUGAUGGGGGCGUGAAGAUGGGACUUCCAAGGCGCCUGGCAGUCCGCCUUGGGGCCCAGGCCCUCCUGGGGGCUGCCAAGAUGCUGCUGCACUCAGAACAGCACCCAGGCCAGCUGAAGGACAACGUCAGCUCUCCUGGUGGGGCCACCAUCCAUGCCUUGCACGUGCUGGAGAGUGGGGGUUUCCGCUCCCUGCUCAUCAACGCUGUGGAGGCCUCCUGCAUCCGCACACGGGAGCUGCAGUCCAUGGCUGACCAAGAGCAGGUGUCACCGGCUGCCAUCAAGAAGACCAUCCUGGACAAGGUGAAGCUGGACACCCCUGCAGGGACCUCUCUGUCGCCCUCUGGCCACACCAAGCUGCUCCCCCGCAGCCUGGCCCCAGCGGGCAAGGAUUGACGCGUCCUGCCUGACCACCAUCGUGCCACCACCUUCUCUUCUCUCAUCACUAGGGGGACUAGGGGGUCCCCAAAGUGGCCCACUGUCUGUGGCUCUGAUCAGCACAGGGGCCAGCCAAGGACAUAGCCAGGGAGGGGCCACAUCACUUCCCACUGGAAAUCUCUGUGGUCUGCAACUGCUUCCCAGCCUGGAACGGGGGUGGAUUCCCCAACCUCAACCUCCUUUCUCCUCUGCUCCCAAACCACGUCAGGACCACCUUCCUCUAGAGCUCAGGAGCACGGAGGGUGUUCACCCACUCCUACUCCAGUAUCAGCUGGCAUGGGCUCCUUCCUGAGGGCAAAGGUCAAGGACCCCCUCUGGGAAGGCUCAGCAGAGGUGCGAUCCCACGCCUCCUCCUGGCCCCUCCCUGCCCUCCAUUCAGGGAGAAACCUCUCCUUCCCGUGUGAGAAGGGCCAGAGGGUCCAGGCAUCCCGAGUCCAGCGUGAAGGGCCAUAGCCCUUCUUGGCUGCCAAGCACCCAGAUCCCAUGGACAUUUGGGGAAAGGGCUCCUUGGGCUGCUGGUGAACUUCUUGUGGCCACCGCCUCCUGCUCCUGACCUCCCUAGCAGGGUGCUAUCACUUCUGUCCUGGCCCUUUCAGUUUUAUAAGUUGGUUUCCAGCCCCCAGUGUCCUGACUUCUGUCUGCCACAUGAGGAGGGAGGCCCUGCCUGUGGGGGAGGGUGGUUGCUGUGGGUGGAAUAGUGGGGGCCUUCAACUGAUUAGACAAGGCCCGCCCACAUCUUGGAGGGCAUCUGCCUUACUGAUUAAAAUGUCAAUGUAAUCUAA